CAGACUCUAGCCAACAUGGCAGAGCACGGCCCUCCGAUGGUGAUCGACGUUCACACGCCCGUCUCAUCCUUUGCUAUAAUUUACUCAGAUGCCGAAGACAGCUUGCAAACGAUCUUUACGAAGCUCACGCAGAAGGCAUUCACGGAACUCCAUGGCAAACCUGUCCGCGCAGGUUACGUCAAGUACGAAUGGAACAAUUCGUUUUACAACCUGGAUGAUGACACCGACUUCUCGGUGUUCGCGUGGAGACUGAAGUCAUCUUCACUAGGACACGAUAGCUCCCUCGUCAUGUUCUUGCGCGAUCCAGAGGCACCGCUGCCCCCGUCGACUGAAUACAGAAACGCGUCAUUCUACAUGUUCCGUCCCAGGCCUAUAUCUUCCCCUCCGCUCGGACAUGACGGAGUAUCUGUACGGAGUGGGAAGUCGCGCAGGUCUGGCACGAAGGAGCACAAGCCCGAGGAUGACGGCGUGCCGAACUUCAAGAAAGAGUUCGAGCAGUUCCACAGCGAGAACGGCGUCCGAACUAUUGUCGGAAGCAUUGGCCCUGUGAACAACGUCCGGAUGCUGCUCAAGAGUGGCUAUCGCUACGUGUACAUUUCUCGCAAGUUCGCGAUCAAGCAUGAGUUCAUUCCACGCGACGCCGCGCCGGGACACUAUGGAUACAGCGGGCUUGUCAACCUUGGGAAAUGGCCCAUCACCGUUGGCCGAACGCGGUCCACUCACAGCGUGUACCUUUCCGAGGAGACGCAUUUCGACGUGAUACUAGGGCGCUCGUUCGUGGAACACAGGCAGAUUAAAUUUGAUCCUGUCGACCCCACGGAUGUCGUGUGCCAAGACACAGGCGAGAAGAUUGACUGUGAAAUAGUCAUCCUCAGGGACGGGAGGGGUCAGAUCGUACUGGUUUCCUGAACGUCAUCCUUUCGUGGCGACGUCCCAGAGCACCCUCGAGUUCAAGUUCUCUGCUGUCGGAGUCGGUCUGUGAUUAUAUCUGUAUUUGACAAGAGGACGGUUGGAUGAUGGAUCCCAGUACUGCAUGUAUUUACUGCCUUAUCUAUUCGUAUUGCUGUUGCUACCCCAG